GGUUUUCGUAUGCCUUCCUUUUCCACCUACAUCAUUUUCUUCCUUCUUUCUCCAGCCAAGGUUAAGGUGCUUUUGUUAGGUUAGUAGAUCGAGAUAGCAGCAUCUCGGUUUAGGAGCUUUUGGCACGGGACUUGCAUGCUCGUUGUAUGUACAAGCUAGGGCCUCGUGUUUUCGAUAAGGAGGCAGAUCGAUUACCAGAGAAGGAAGAUGAGUCAAGGAGACAAUACUUCUACUCUUCCUCCUGCUGAUGAUGUGAAUGCCCGAAUGGACAUUAUGCAAAAGGCCAUUACGGAUAUGAGUUCCAUCUUUAGGGAUUACCUUCAACAUCAGAACAACAAUAAUGCCCCACAAAACACUGGUGGCAAUUCACAGCAAACAGUGGACUCUAGAGAAGGAAAUGAGCAGUUGACAUUGGUGAAGCAAUUUCAGAACAUGAACCCGCCUAACUUCAAGGGGGUUCCUGAUCCUGAUGUGGCUGAGUCUUGGGUUAAGAAAUUAAAAAAAAUGUUCAAGCUCCUAAAAUGUACUGAUGGGCAAAAAGUGGAGCUAGUAGUGUUCACAUUAGAAGCUAUGUUGGAAAGAAAGGAGUUGGAGUUCAUGAAUUUGAAGCAAGAUGACAUGACAGUUGAUGAGUAUCAAGCUAAAUUCAGUUCUCUUAUGAAGUUUGCUCCUCACCUUGUUAAUGAUGAAGUUAGAAAGGUAAGGAAGUUUCAAAGAGGGUUGAAAGCUUCCAUUAGGAACAAGGUGGUUCCUCAAAUGCUAAAGACUUAUGAUGAGGUCUUGCCCACGGCUCAAAUAAUUGAGCAAGAUAUGGAGGAGCAAAGAAUGGAGACUCAUGACUCAAAAGGCAAGGGAAAGGCUAUCAACACCCAGCUUUUCAACAAAAAGCCUGAACAAAGGGGAAAAAGGAAGAUCCUCGAAAGCAACAGACCAAGUUUUGAUUUUUGUAAGAGGUGCGGUAAGAACCAUGGGGGAAAAGAAUGUUAUUGGCAGAUUGGGGCAUGUUUCAAGUGUGGGAAGACUGACCACUUGAUCAAGGAUUGCUCGGUUCUCAAGGGAGCAAGUCAGCAGCCAAAGGAUCAAGAUAAUAAGAAGCCCAGGGUUCAAGGAAGAGUUUUUUCCAUCACAGAACAACAAGCUCAAAACACUCCUACAGUUAUAAAAGGUAAAAUACCUAUCUCUUUUGGGAAUGCCUAUGUGUUGAUUGACUCUGGAUCUACCCACUCAUUUGUGUCACCUAAGUAUGUGUCAUUUUUGCAUGUGAAGCCUGAGACUCUUGAUUGUGUGCUUGUGGUGAAUACUCCUUCUAAGGAGGUUUUGACAUCAAAAACCAUUUAUAGAUCUUGUAGAGUUAUGGUAGAGGGUAGAGUUUUGCUUGCCGAUCUGAUUUUGUUAGGUAUAGUGGAAUUUGAUGUCAUACUUGGUAUGGAUUGGUUGUCUACCCAUUAUGCCAUGGUUGAUUGUUAUGAGAAGGUGCAUGAGUGUUAUGGAUAUCUAGCAUAUGUUUUUGAAUCUAAAGACAAGCCGGUGUUUGUAGAAGGAAUUUGGGUAGUGGAAGACUUUCCUAAUGUUUUCUCUAAGGAGUUGCCUGGGCUACCUCCAAAUAGGGAGAUUGAGUUUACUAUAGACCUUGUGCCUGAGCUUCUUGAUAAGGGGUUCAUUAGACUUAGUACUUCUCCCUGGGGUGCUCCGGUUCUUUUUGUGAAAAAGAAAGAUGGCUCACUUAGAUUGUGCAUUGACUAUAGACGGUUGAAUCAAGUCACUGUCAAGAAUAAAUAUCCUUUGCCAAGGAUUGAUGAUUUGUUUGAUCAGUUACAAGGGGCUCGUGUCUUUUCCAAAAUUGAUCUUAGAUCUGGUUAUUAUCAACUAAAGAUUAAACCUGAGGAUGUGAUGAAGACUGCUUUUAGGAGCAGAUAUGGGCACUACGAGUUCCUGGUAAUGCCAUUUGGUUUAACCAAUGCCCCUGCAGCUUUUAUGGAUCUUAUGAAUAGAAUCUUUCAGUUGUACUUAGAUAAGUUUGUCAUCGUCUUCAUUGAUGACAUUCUUAUCUUUUCUCCUGAUGAAGAGAGCCACAAGGAGCAUCUAGCUAUUAUAUUGCAGAUUUUGCGAGAAAAGAAGUUAUAUGCCAAGUUUGAUAAGUGUGAGUUUUGGCUGAAUCAUAUUAGUUUUCUGGGUCAUAUUGUCUCGAAGGAUGGCAUAUCAGUUGAUCCUAGUAAAGUGGAAGCAGUUGUGAAGUGGGAAAGGCCAACUAGUGUCACCGAAGUGCGGAGUUUUCUUGGACUAGCAGGAUAUUAUAUAAGGUUUGUGGAGGGAUAUUCAAAGAUUUCUGGUCCGUUAACACAACUUACUCGUAAGAAUCAGAAGUUUGAAUGGACAGAUAAAUGUGAGCAAAGCUUUCAAGAGUUGAAGAACAGAUUGGUCAUUGCACCAAUUCUUGCUAUUCCUGACAAUGGAGGAAACUUUGUGGGAAAUGUGGUUGCAGAUGCACUUAGCAGAAAAUCAACUGGCACUUUAGCAAGCUUAAUGGUGAUGGAGUUGAAACUCCUAGAAGAAUUCAAGAAUUUGAAUGUCAGGUUUUUGCCACCAAAGUCUAAUGUACUAGUGUCUAGUCUGAUUGUUCAACCUACGCUGUUGUCAAAGAUCAAGGAAGCACAACAGAAAGAUUCAAAAUUGAUGGAGUGGAUGAAGGAUAGUGGAGAAAGCUCCAAAAUGGGUCUUCAUAUUUUGGAUGAUGGAAUCAUAAGACUUGGAGAUAGAAUUUGUGUUCCAUAUGAUGAAGGGUUGAGGACGGAAUUGCUCCAAGAAGCACACAAGUCCAAUUAUACCAUUCAUCCUGGGAGUACCAAAAUGUAUCAUGACUUAAAAGAGACAUUUUGGUGGAAAAGCAUGAAAAAGGAUGUGGCUAAAUAUGUGUCCAAAUGCUUGACUUGUCAAGUGGUAAAAGUAGAGCACCGGAAGCCAGGAGGGCAACUUCAACCUUUGCCUAUACCGGAGUGGAAGUGGGAAGCCAUCUCAAUGGACUUCAUUGUGGGAUUGCCGAAGACGAGAAGGCAAUUUGAUGCAAUUUGGGUGAUUGUGGAUAGAUUAACAAAGUCAGCUCACUUUUUGGCCAUAAAACAAAAAGACCCAUUAGACAAGUUGGCCAAGCUUUAUGUUCAGGAGAUUGUUAAACUCCAUGGGGUCCCAGUGAGCAUUGUAUCAGACAAAGACCCAAGGUUUACUGCGAGAUUUUGGAGAUCUUUUCAAAAAGCCAUGGGAACUCAAUUGAAAUUAAGCACAGCAUACCACCCACAAACCGAUGGGCAGUCUGAGAGGACUAUUCAAGUGCUUGAAGACAUGCUAAGAGCUUGUGCAUUAGAUUUGCCUGAGAGUUGGGAUAAUCAUCUUCCAUUGGCAGAGUUUGCUUAUAAAGUUGGCUAUGAAAGAGUAAUGGAGCUUGAUUUUGUGCAGCAAACAACAGAAAAGGUGAAAUUAAUUCAGCAGAGACUUAAAGUGGCUCAAGACAGACAAAAGAGUUAUGCAGACAAUAGAAGGAGACCUCUGGAAUUUGAAGUUGGAGAUCAUGUAUUUUUGAAGGUGUCACCAACUAAGGGAGUGUAUCGGUUUGGUUUGAAAGGAAAACUCAGUCCGAGGUACAUUGGCCCGUUUGAGAUUCUUGAAAGGGUAGGUGAAGUGGCUUAUAGAAUUGCAUUACCUCCAGAAUUGUCAAAUGUGCAUAAUGUAUUUCAUGUGUCGGUUUUGAGGAAGUAUGAGUCGGAUCCUUCACAUGUCAUAAACUUUGAACCAUUAGAGUUGAAGGAAGAUUUGAGUUACACCGAACAACCAAUACAGAUUUUGGAUAGGAAAGAAAAAGUUUUGAGGAACAAGACUGUGUCCUUAGUGAAAGUGUUGUGGUGGCAUCAUUCUGAGAAUGAAGCUACAUAGGAACUUGAAAGUCAAAUGAGGGGGCAGUAUCCAAAUCUAUUUUGGUAAGCUAAAUGAUUUGGUGGGCCAAAUCCUUUUAAGGUGGGAAGGAUGUAACACCCCACAUACCUUAGUGAAUAAUUUAAAAAUUAGUGUCCUUUAGUUUAUAGUUUUAGGGAUUAAAUUGAUUGAAUUUAA